AUGAGUGCCCAGAGUCGUCUAGUAGCCGUCGCAGGCCACAUUGCUCCCAACACUGGGACAACCACACCGGAUCGCCUCGAACAUGUCCUUGCCAAAAACCCCGAUGAUAUUGUAAUAACAUGUGCGUUGCGGACGCCAGUGACCAAGGCACCCACUGGAAAAUUCAAGGACACUCCAUUUGAAGUCCUCAUGGCGCACAUUCUCACAGCCAUCAGAGAGAAGUCCGGAAUCGAUCCUAACUUGGUCGAAGACAUUUGUUUGGGAAACGUCCUCUCGACAAGACCUGGUUAUGGCGCACGAGCCGCGCUUAUGGCUGCCGGCUUCCCAGUCACCACGGGAGUCAGCGUGGCCAGUCGUUUCUGUUCUUCCGGCCUUCUCUCAAUCCAGACUAUCGCGAGCGCUAUCGCUAUUGGGGCGAUCGACGUUGGCAUUACUCUUGGUAUUGAAAGCAUGAGUACCAGCCCUACCGGCACCGCCCCGGUCGUGAGUGAUGUGGUGCUCGAGAAGCAAGUUUCGCGGGACAAUCUCGAGCCAAUGGGUUGGACAUCGGAGAAUGUUUCACGAGAUUUCCAUGUCAGUCGGGAAGAUCAGGAUCGCUUCGCCGUGUACUCGCAAACCCAGGCCGAGAAAGCGGAUAAAGAGGGAUGGUUUAAGGACGAGAUCAUCCCAGUCACGACAAAAUGGGUCGACCCCAAGACGAAGGAAACCAAGACAAUCAUCGUCGAUAAGGAUGAAUUGAUCAGAUACGGCACCACAUACGACGCCUUAGCUAAGAUCAAACCUGCAUUCCCUCACUGGGGUCUUACAACUACUGGUGGCAAUGCAUCGAAAAUUGCUGACGCAGGAUCUGGUCUCCUGAUGAUGAAGCGAAGUACCGCCCAAAGGUUGGGUCAGAAGAUUAUCGGGAAAUAUGUUAAGAGCACCGUUGUUGGUAUGGAGCCGCGGAUCAUGGGAAUCUCUCCCAUUUAUGCCAUCCCCAAGGUCCUUGAGAAGGCGGGCUUAACCAAAGAUGACGUGAACCUUUUUGAAAUCAACGAAGCCUUCGCAUCUAUGUACGUCUACACCGUGAAGCACCUAGGUUUGGAUCCCUACAAGGUCAACGUGAGGGGUGGUGCGAUAGCAAUUGGACAUCCCCUUGCAUGCACCGGAGUUCGUCAGGUCGUCACCGCUCUGUCAGAACUUAGACGCCGAGAUGAGAAAAUUGCAGUGACCUCAAUGUGUGUUGGAACUGGUAUGGGUAUGGCGGGUAUCUUCGUGAACGAAGCCUAG